AUGGAAGUUUGUGGCGGAUCAAAGCGGCCUCAUUUGAAAUUUAAAUGUGCGCGUUCCCGGGAUUCUGUGAGGACAAUGGGGGUGCACGUGCGAGUGCUAGCCGUGAUCGGACUUGUGUUCUUGUUAGUGGCGACGGUUCAAGGUGCGCCCUCGAGGAGACGGUCUGGACGGAGUGCUCACGAGAAAAAUGCGAGGAGUUACCUAGAACAAUUUGGCUACUUGAAGAAAGGUCAACCAGAAGUCGGCAACCUUUUGCUGGGAGAUGUUGCACACUCCUACGAAGAUGAAUUUAGGAUUGCCAUUAAAACUCUACAAGAAUUUGGUGGUGUUCCGGUCACUGGUGAAAUAGAUCAUGCGACGAGAGAACUUAUGAAAAAGAAGCGAUGUGGGAGACCAGAUCGCGAAGUAGGCACCGAUGAGAAUGGUAGAAGGAGGAAACGUUUUGCCGUCCAAGGAGAGAAGUGGAAACACACGAAUCUAACAUGGAGUCUUCCAUUACAGCUUGUUGUGCAAACGCGCAAUAAAACCAACAACGCCAUCUCGUGGCGGGUUUACGAGAGAGUGGCGCCGGAUAAGCGUGACCAGCUAGAAUUUCCACUCUUUACCAAAAAGACGUACGUUAUUGCCGAGUGA